AUGUCUAUGCCCAAUAACUUGUUUGUUGACAUCUUUGAUUCCACUAAUGGAGUUUCAGUUUGUUCCACGACUGCAUUUCACUCACUGCCUCUGUUUGUAUCUCUGUCACUGCAGGACCAACAUGGAGCGAGAAGUCAGCGCUCUCAGGAGGACGACAAACCUCACACAAGAACGGGAGAGAAAAGAUACAGCUGUGAUGAGUGUGGGAAGAAUUUUACUGGGGCUGGACACUUAAAAGCACACAAACUCAUCCACAGUGGAAUUAAAGCACACAGCUGUGAGCUGUGUGGAAAGUCUUUUGCUCAGGCUGGAAGUUUAAAAACACACAAACUCAUCCACAGUGGAAUUAAAGCAUACAGCUGUGAGCUGUGUGGAAAGUCUUUUACCCAACCUCAAGGCUUAAUAUCACAUCAGCGCAGCCACAGUGGAAUUAAAGCACACAGCUGUGAGCUGUGUGGAAAGUCUUUUAAGACGGUUGGACACUUAAAUAGACACAAACUCAUCCACAGUGGAUUUAAACCGUACAGCUGUGAUCAGUGUGGCAAAACUUUUGCUCGCAGUAAGAGCGUACAACUUCAUCAAAUUGUCCACACUGGAAUUAAGCCGUACAGCUGCGACAUUUGUGGAAAAACCUUCCGCUGGCGACUCAGCCGAAAUAAUCACCUACGCAUUCACACCAAAAAUGAUGUUUACUGCUGUGAUCAGUGUGGCAAAGUGUUUGUGGUAUACAAAGAAUUAAAGCAGCACAUGUUUACCCACACUCAGGAGAGACCAUAUAAAUGUGACCUCUGUGAUAAGGCUUUUAAAGAGCCACGUUCCCUGAAAUCACACCAACAGAUCCACACCAGAGAGAAACUCUACAAGUGCAGUUACUGUGAGAAGCAGAGCGACACAGAUGGAUCCAGUUCUCAACCCUGUCGUCACUGUGGUGGUGGGAAAGACUUUCGCUGUGACCUUUGUGGAAAAACCUUUAAUCGGCAACGGAACCUAAAAUGGCACCAACGUAGACAAUCUGGAGACAAAAUGAACUACUGCAAAGAAUGUGGGAGAGGCUUCCCCACACUGAGUCAUUUAAAAAUACAUGAACUCAUUCACAGUGGAGUCAAAAAGCACGUGUGUGACCAGUGCGGGUCAUCCUUCACCACUGCAAGUGAGCUUAAAGUGCAUAAACGAGUCCACACAGGAGAGAAACCGUACAAGUGCAAACACUGUGACAGAAGCUUUUCACGGUCAGGUAGUCGUAACCUUCAUGAACGUACACACACUGAAGGGAACUUCAGCUGUGACCAGUGUGACAAGAGCUUCAGGAAUCUCAGUUCAUACUCCGAACAUAAACUAGCCCACGCUGCAAAUAAACAGUUUCACUGUUACCAAUGUGCAAAAGCAUUCACUUCAUUAUCUGCUCUGUGCAAACAUCAGCGUGAUCAUGCAGGACUGAAAACACUGGAUCACAAUGAAUCUGAUGGAACAGAAAGAUCCUCUUCUGGUUUCAGGGUCAGACUUAAAAACUUUGAGAUCAGGCUCCACAGAGUUCAGCUGGAGUCUCCUGUAAAGAGUGUCAGCUGAUGUCAUGCUUGGAUCUGAUGAGGUAGCUCUGAUUUCUGGACCUGCAAUUAAUAAUCCUGCCUCUUAAAUUUAUGAAGUUGCAAAGUAUUGUCGUCCUUCCUUUUUCUUUUAGUUUUCUGUCAUUUCUUAAAGAUUGUUUUGCCUGAAUGUUGAAUCUCUCUGUCACGGUUUGGUCAGUAAAUCUCAUGUGGCUGGCUGCACUUAGAGGGAACCUGCUAUACUGCACAUGAAUUCAAUUUUGCAUUAGAUAUUGUUGAAUUCUUCUUUAUUUUGUUGUAUCCCUUUAUGGAUGUGUAAAGGAAAUAAAUGCAGACAUAAUGCAUGGUUUACUACUGAUCUAGCUAACCUAUUCCACGAGCACAACAUGGCAUUGGCCAAAGUCAGGAGAACUAACCUCCACACUGAUUGGUUGCUUUUCAAGCAGCUGUGUGAUGCAUACACAGUUGUCAUUAGAAAGGUCAAAGCUGAUCAUUUUCUUGUGGAGACUUAUAGGGGCUAUUUCAAACAAAUAGCCCCUAUAAGAUUUGGGUGAUGAUAAAAUUACCUUGUAAUGAAACUGUUGUUUGGCUUAAUGAACAUUUUAUGAUGUCCCUGAAACUCUAAAUCAGGGGAGUCAAACUCAUUUUACAUCACAGCUUCUGUGACCUUUAGUGGGCCAGCCCAGUGAAACUCCCCUUUCUGUCAGUAAUGAAAUUACAUAUUUAACUGCUUUUAUACACAACAAAUGAGAAAGAAAGAAAUCUGUCAACAUGAUUGUUUGUACUUGAAUUGUGAGAAAUAAAUUUAGAA